AUGACAACCGUGCUGGCAAAAGACCCUGUGGGUAAGGGCGAUUAUGGGCAAACAGUAAUCUCGCUGGAUGGCACACCCCCUCUAGGAGCACCCAUUGAAGAAAAGCGAUUUUGGUUUCAACGUAAUAAGUCCUACGACCCGUCUGCAGUCGCCACCCAGCCAAGCGUUUUCGAUGACCCGGAUUCCGCCCAACAAUAUCAUCCACGACCUGACUGGGAGAACUAUCACCGGUUUGACCCACUGGCGAGAUGGACCUGGACAGAAGAGUAUGCUCUAGUUCGCAAGAUAGAUUUCAGGAUCAUGGUCUGGGCCUGCAUCAUGUUCAUGGCACUUGAACUUGACCGCGCGAAUAUCAGCCAAGCGAACACGGAUAACAUGUUGGGAGAUUUGGGCAUCACAACCGACGACUUCAAUCUUGGCAAUUCAGUCUUCAAGCUUGCAUUUCUUUGUUCUGAGCUUCCAUCUCAGCUAGUCUCCAAGUGGGUUGGGCCAGACCGCUGGAUCCCAGCACAGAUGUUGUUGUGGAGUAUCGUCGCCAGUUGUCAAUUUUGGCUGAGCGGGAGAGAUUCCUUCCUUACCUGCCGAGCACUAUUGGGUCUGUUACAGGGUGGUUUCAUACCUGAUAUAAUUCUCUAUCUUUCUUAUUUCUACAAGCACUACGAGCUUUCCCUUCGGCUUGGCUUUUUCUGGACGGCCAUGAGUAUUGCAGACAUUCUGUCAGCUAUUAUUGCCUAUGGAAUACUCCACAUGCGAGGCAUUGAAGGGCAAGCUGGGUGGAGAUGGCUGUUUCUGAUUGAGGGACUUCUAACUCUUGUGAUUGGCAUCUUUGGGUUCGUCCUCAUGCCGGCAGGGCCUUGCCAGACCGCGAGUUGGUUUCGUGGGAAAAAAGGCUGGUUCACAGAAAGGGAAGAAACUAUCAUGAUCAACAGAGUCCUCCGCGAAGAUCCCAGCAAGAGCAGCAUGCACAACCGCGAGCCCAUUACUCCACGCCUUCUAUGGGAGAGUAUCAAGGACUAUGAUCUGUGGCCGCUGUACGCUCUGGGCUUGACCUUCCAAAUACCCAUGACGCCCCCGGCUCAGUACCUGACUCUAACGCUCCGCAACUUGGGCUUCGACACUUUCCAAGCAAACCUGCUUGCGAUCCCAUAUACCGUUGGCCACAUGAUCACAAUGCUUGCCAUUACAUAUCUGGGUGAGGUUAUUGGCGAACUCACUUUGGUUUCGAUGUCUGGUCAGGUUUGGGCGCUGCCUUUCUUGAUCUACCUGAACGUCGUGAACACCUCAGAGGUGAACAGAUGGGUUUUAUAUGCCGUCAUUUCUCUUCUUCUCAUCUAUCCUAAUGCCCAUCCCAUUCAACCUGUCAUUCGUCUGGAGAAAGUUCAAGCCAUUCUGACCAUCCUAUUAAGGUCGGAUGGAAUAGCCGCAAUUCAAAUACGGUGCGGUCACGGACUGUUUCUGCUGCCUGCUACAACAUGUUUGUUCAGACAGGCGGCAUUAUCUCCUCCAACAUAUAUCGAUCCAACGAUGCACCACUCUACCAACGCGGCAAUCGUUCUCUCCUCGGAAUAG